GUUCUGUUAUAGUAGGCCACGAGGUAGCAGCUCUGGUGUUCCUGCAGGUGUACCACGACCAGCUCGAACUCUCUCUUAGUUUCUGCUGGCGCUCCAGGCUUCUCGUUUUGCCGGAGUGCGCCGCUCCGUGACAAUCGAGCUUCGAGAUCGCCUCGAAAGCGAUCCGUACAAUGAACGAUUAUUCGCGGGGAAUUGCGUGAAAUAUCAACGUGGCAAAAUUCGUGUAAAAUCGACAACAGAUUCGUCCAAAUUCCUUACCGAUCUUGAAUUGUAUCAACGACAUUGAUAUGGAAGAAAAUUCAUUUUUAUCAGCAGGUCGCGAAUCAACGACGUGAUCGAAUUGUAACAGUGUUUGGAUCAUUAUAGAUCGAUGAACCGUUCGUCAAUAACAGUUUCGAGGAGUCGAGCCUGAAGAAGCGGUGAACUCGACGAUUGCCGAUCGCCUGAGCGUUUAAAGUGCGCCGAGGCUUUUAGAAGGAGAAAGCAGGGGAAGUUGAAGAGUUCAGUCAACUGAGAAGAAAAAAAAAAUACGACGCGUUCCUUUUAUAAUUACAAUCUUUUGUAUUCAAUUUAGUUUUUCAAGACUUUGGAUGUAAAUAAAAAGAAACAAAGUUGAUGCACGUGAAAUUGCGUAAAAUUCUAAUCGAUCUUUCUUUGGUUCUCAAAUUUCGUUUCAAGAGAUUCUUCGUUAUUUUCUCUCGUUACUGCUCGAUCAACGAAGCGAUCAAUGAUGGAAUGAAAGCGCAUUGAUCUUUGCGGGUAUUCAAGUUUCUUCUCGCGAACACGUGCUCCAUUUCAUAUCGGUUCGUGGAUAAUGGAUUUUUAAGAAGAACUCAUCUUCCCGGCUGGUUUACAAACGUGAAAUGAUCGGCAAACUUGUUUUGAGCCUUUGGAUACUCGGAUGCAUCAGCCUCGACGGAGAUCCGGCGGAGGCGCAAGAGUGGCCGACGCCACUCGACGAGUCCGCGGACGAAAAGAACGAUGCAGUAAUCUUUCGAGCGGUCGUCGAAUCCAUGAGAGAAUGGUCGUUGCACAAGAAAUUGCACCAAAGGAUCAAGAGAGAGGUGUCGAAGGUAUGCUACGAAGAUGUCGGCUGUUUCGAGGACACGGGGCCCUUCAGCUACUUGGAAAUGCUCCCAUCCCCACCCAAAGAAGUCGGCACCAGAUUUCUUGUAUACGGUAGCAGGAAAGCGAGAUCAAUUCCGAUGGAAGUUCCCGCCGAUGAUAUAAAUGAUAACGCGCAUCGUGCCAUAGAUCCUGAUCUACCUACCAAAGUGAUUGUACACGGUUUUGGAUCGAGCUGCGAUCACGUAUGGGUUUACGAGAUGAGGUCCGCGCUAAUGACGGUGCACGAGUGUAAUAUAGUGUGCGUCGAUUGGGGCCCAGGAAGCGCGGUUCCUAACUACGUGAGAGCGGCGGCCAACACUCGUUUGGUCGGCAGACAAUUAGCGAAACUAAUUAGAAGUAUGAACGUACCUUUGGAGAAGGUUCACCUGAUUGGCUUUAGCCUGGGUGCUCACGUGGCUGGAUUCGCUGGUGCCGAAUUAGGAAACGUUUCCAGGAUCACAGGUUUGGAUCCUGCGGGACCCCUGUUCGAAUCCCAAGAUCCAAGGGUUCGAUUGGACAAAACGGAUGCCAAUUUCGUCGACGUGAUUCAUAGCAACGGCGAACAACUGUUGCUCGGUGGUCUGGGUUCCUGGCAACCAAUGGGUGACGUAGAUUUCUAUCCCAACGGAGGAAGAAUGCAAACAGGAUGCUCCAAUUUGUUCCUCGGCGCUGUAUCGGACAUCAUCUGGUCGAGCGCAGUGGAGGGCAGAUCGUUGUGCAACCAUCGGCGAGCGUACAAGCUCUUCACCGACUCGGUCAGCCCCAAGUGUCGUUUCCCGGCGUUUCCCUGCGAGCAUGGAUACGAUGGUCUCUUACGAGGCGAUUGUUUUCCCUGCGGAGGGAACGGUAUGGGUAAACCGUGCGGGGACAUGGGUUACUACAGCGACGAAUCAUCAGCCAGAGGUCAGCUGUACCUGGUGACCAGGGACGAAGAACCCUUCUGCGCUCAUCAGUAUCAGGUGAAGGUGUACAACAGUCGUCGCGAGAGACCCACUAGGAGUUACGGGAAAUUGCAAGUGACUCUGGUCGGAGAUGGAACUUUCAACGACAGCUUCGCAAUGACGCGAAAGGACGAGGAGCUUCUGGUAGGAUCGAUUCUUCAGAAGAUCGUUGUACCGCAUCCUGCGAUUUCGAGUAUGGAGGCUAUCGAGAUCAAGUACACAGCGUACAGCGGUUGGAUCUCUUCGGGCUUGGUGUCUUGGAGCAUCGACAAGGUGGCCAUAAUCGACAGUUUCGGCAAAACCCUAUCCAUCUGCAGGAAAGGUUUAACCUUGGAAUCCGGCAAACCCGUCUACCUUCCUCUAUUCCCCGGGGAAUGCAAUAUACCCCUAGAAUCCGACAACUCAACGUCCCCGGUACUGGGACGACUUCUGCAGGAGAAGCAAGGAGGCAUCGGCCCGUUCACCAAAGAACAAAACUACGAUCCGAAAGACAGCUUCUCUGUGGAAAGCUUCUCGAAAGACAGGACAUCGUCGGUAUCCUCCUCGAAAGGUUUAGGCCCCUUCACCAAGGAGCAAAAUCUGCGGAUAAUCGAGCGAAAGGAAAGCUUCGAGGAUAUCGGUAGCCGUCGCAGUUCCACGAAUCCUUGGAACAUCGUCGACAUAUCAGCCGACGGAGACUCGAAUUCUUUAGAAAACUCGGAUGCCGAGAAAGGCAGAGGAUUCUCCAGCUCCAACUUCUUCACCAAGCCUUCUUCCUCGGAUCGUUCCAUAGAAUCGACCACAGAAUUCCUGCCAGAGAUCCGGGAACCAGUGCUGCAGGUGAACAAGAAGGAGACUGGAAGGUCCUUGAAGUUCCCCGAGAUAACGGAGCCAAUCCUGAGGCCGCGUUCCGCCAGACAGAACAGCAGGAACGAAGUUCACGUUCGGGAUAAACAGGACGAGAUACAAGAGACCUCCUCCACCACCAGAUCGUUCACGGUUCAAUUUCUGCCAGAGAGGCUGGCUGGGAUCCUGGCGCAAGCCGAGAGGUACGCCAGGCAAACUCUUCUUCCUUUAAUCUCCCAGUACACUCCUAGUUUUAUGACUGGAACACGCUACGAGGAGCCCAAGUACUUUCCACCCUUGGGUGAGAUCACUUCGGAGGACUAUCAGGAUAAAGCGACUGUGAACGAGGACGAAGACGAAGCUGAUGAAUCCAACGAGACAGCCAAGAGCGAACAUUCUUCGGAAAAUGUUUCAGAGGAAGUAUCUGCGAUUGUUGAGGAAGUUUAUCGGGACAAUGGUGGAUCAAACUCGUCGCGAGGUGAACCGAACAACGAAUGGGUACCUAUAGAACCUUCCGUUACUGUUUCUUCUAGGAAGGAUUACAAUGUCUCUAGGUCCUUGAGUUGGGAACACGAGAGGUACAACUGGUCCACGCAGUCAGAGCCAGAAAGCAAUGAUUUCGAUACCAGAAUCGACGAUUGGGUGCCCAUCACGAUUAAGAACGAAGUUAGAACUUCUCAAUCAUCGAACAAUGCUUCGAACGAAGUUCCAACAGGUGUCAAGGAUAUGGAAAUUAAUGUUCAAGGAGAAUCUGUGACAACUGAAGAUUCUAAAAACGAAUCUAACGAUUCAGGGAAAGACGAGAGGAAGUUUAUACCUUUGGUUGACCCGGAGGAGGAAGAAUCAACCACGACAACCUCGAACGAUGUCUCAGAAACUCGUUCGAGCACCUAUUCUCAUAUCCAGAAGAUUCCAAGACCGACUGGGACGAGAAACAAUCAAUCGAGUGGGAAUUUAACGAGGAGGAGUAUGGUCUUUCCUUACGCCUAUGAGAAAAAGAAGGAUCCUAGGACUAGGUACAUACCUUUGAUUCCUGAAGAGGACUUGGGAAGGUCUCGUUGGUCCUUUGAUAGGGAACGAUGAACUUAAACUAUUUUCUUAACGUAGAACUCGUCGUGCGAUCGUGAUUGUAAAUGUUUCUACGUGGUCUGUCGCCAAAAUGAUGAGAUUAAGUUCUGGAAGUUAGAUACUGACUGUCGAUCAUUCUUCACUUUUACUUUCGUAAUAAAGAUUUUUAAACAAUCUUGUAAGUUUUGAAGACAGACCAUCGUCGAAUUUGUUGUUGCAAACGUUGAUUAAUUUUAUGCCAGUGCAGUAUGUGCAGUUGUUCAGGAUCAUCUGUAACAUUGAUGAGAAAAAAAUGAACGGCUUUAACGAAGAAAGCUUUAAUAAUGUUUGGUAAAAAUUGGAGCCUUAACUUUAUUUUUGUAUAUAGGAAUUUUUUUACAAUAUAUAUAUAUAGCUUCGCUGAAAUCUGUUAUCUUUCACAUUCGUUACCGUUAUUAAUUCUUAGUUAUUAAAAUUGUUAUUAUCAUUAUCAUCAUCAUCGUCAUCUGUAAUAGUUCCCCAUCGCGUUUUAUUUAUGCCGAACGGACGAUCAUAAAAGUGAAAUCCCACUUUUUUUUUUCUUUCUUUCUUUGUUUCUUUGUAUAUAAUGACCCAAUGAUUCUCGAAGAAUCGAAAUAGUAUUAUAACUUCUUCUUCGUUAAUUAAUGUAUGUACAGCUAGUGUCCAGGUGAGCCACAAUUAAUCGUGGAUCAGAAGGACAAGAUAGUCAAAAAUGUAUGGAAGAGACGAUUUUAAAUGGACUUCUAUCGUGUAUCUAUAAUAUACCUGUUGUUUUUACUUAAAAUAAAUAACCCUCUUUUUAAGAAGAAAAAUGCGCCUUACAAGUCCGAUUUUACGUACCUUUUUUUUUGUUCUUUUUUUUUCUUUUUUAAAUCACUUGCAUUCUGUCAUUCUCUCAUUCACUCUCGUUCUGUGCCUUUCUGUCCUAUCUCUCUCUCUCUCUCUUUCUGUUGACGAUCAUCUCUCACGAGCAACAAAUUUACUUCAGGAUAUGCCCACUCCUGAUAUGUUCGCGUCUAUUAAAAAUAACUUGAUUCGCAGUCCUCGCUUCAACGUUUCUUCAGGUACCGAUUGACGCGUCGAAACAGAACGCAUCGUUCCACGUUGGGUCGACUCGAUGCAAAAGUAUAAAAGACAAUUUUCGUUUCGAUGGUCCAAAAAAAAAAAAAAUUGAUUACACAUCUUCGAAAUUUCCUCUCCUUUCCACUCUUCGACUGCUUGGAUACUGAAAAUAAACAGGUACCCUCCAAUUUAUAGUCGAAAUAUAGAAAAAUUUGAUAGUCGAAAUAUACCUGUUGUCCAGUAAAAAUUAGGAUUCUUGCAUUGAUUCGACAGGACGAAAGAAAAAUCUUGGUUUCUGGUCGACGGUGUAUUCCGUUAGGCAAGGAAGAAGGGACUGCGAAUGUAAUGAAAAACUUACUACUUACAUACAUAUUUAACAAACACGCAGUCUUAUCAAGUAGAACCCGUGAACGAACUCUGACAAGUAAAAAGGUAUAGUAGUAGCCUAUUAUAUUAUAAUAUACUCUAGUAGAAAUUUGGUUCGACUUGUCCCGCAACCAGGGCGACGAAACGAUUGACGCUUGAAACGCAAACUAAUAAUAGUUACCCAUUAUUUCUUGCCACGUGAUUUACUACACAUACACAGUAUCAGUCCACAAACAAGAAACAUUCAAAAGGAAACAUUUUUUAAAUAUAGCAUCAGGUCUGAGAUAAUAUAAACUAAUUUGAUUGUGUUAAUUUAAGGUCGUAAGUAGAGACCUUUACCGAUGUACCCAUGACCUAAGAACUAAAAUAAAUCAUUCAAGUUUAGGAAGACUAUUCGAAUACAUUCUGUCAAUCGUCUCACAAAGAUACUGUAUUUGUGUAACACGGCAUAACUAAAAAGCAGUACGUACUGCUUGCCACAUCGAGUUUGUUUCUCUAUUCGUGUUCCAAGCUCGGAAUAAACAAAUUCAAAUUACACAAUGUAUUUCAUCAGACAUGAUUCUAACAAAGAACCAUCCGUACAUUUGUACCGUGUUUUUUAAACGCGCUUCGAAGAGACACAAACUCGAGGAAGCAGUCAAUAAACAUACGCUAUUCCCACUCAUUCAGACAUUCGCUCGUUCUAUAGAUAAUCAUGUACAUUUUGAGUUCCGUUUGCCUUCUCUAUUGAACGUUACAAACAACGUGUGCGAAACGUUCGUUUCAUCUGAGCUCGCAAUCGUUUUGUAUUCUCCAACGACCAUGGUUAUCUUCCUAUUUCUCACGCUUUGUUCACUUUCCUUGGAACACUUAAGUUAUUAGCGCUACGACAUACAAAAGAUAAGGCCGCCACGAUAAUACACUGACUAGAUCAGUUUCAUUUGCUCUCUCUCUCUCUCUCUCUUUCUCUCUCUUUUUCUUCCACCCGGUUUUCUCUUUUCUUCUCGAAAAAUUCUGGACCAUCGUCCAUCAGUUUCUAUAUCAACAAAAAUAUUCAGGACACGGUAUCUCUCUGGUCAACAAAAUAUACUAUGUGUCUCCAUUCGUAUCCUGAGCACUAAUCUACGACACGCGUGACCACGUCACGCGCUGGGGAAGUAUCCUUCGACCGGAAGUGUAAUUAAAAACCUCGUAUAAGCACAGCAUAGGCCCUGAUUAAUUCUCUAUAAUAUACGCAGGGUGCUAUCAAAUUCGUGGUACAAGGAAGAAAAAUGAUGCGCCGUCAAUUUUCACGCGCCCUGCAUACAUUUCGCGAACGUACACAAAUGAAGACGGCAAUGUCGUUUCGAGCAUAACGUACAAUUGUAGGAUGUCGAUCUCAUCGAGAACCUAACGAUCCAGUCUUUCCAACGAUACGAUUUUAAAACAUAUUCUUAAAACCGUGAAAAACUUUUAACACGUUCCCUGCCACACCGAAUUCUCAAUCAUUCGCACGCUCCACAUUGUAGAUAGUAAUUUUUGCUUAUUAUAUAUAUCUUACAAUAUUCAUAAGAUUGCAAAAAUUAUUCUUAUUAACGUACAUACUACGGAAAGCGGCAAUAUUUGUUUUAAACUGACAGAUGAUUAGGGGCAGAAAACGUAUCAAUCGAAAUAAUUUAUUACUUUUCAUUUUGUCCUCGAAAAUUUCAUGAUAAAAAAAAAAAGGCGCCGUUUUCUCUCGCAUCUGUGUCUCCGUUUCGACGUGCUUGUCUCUAGUACAAGAGUAACGCGUCUAAGGACGAACUAAUUAAAGGGAGACGGAUUUAAGGGUGCAACGUACUAAAAAACCGUAUUUCUCGACGUGGCUGAAUUCGUAUCUCGAUGUGUAUCGUCGUCACGAUGAUCGGUAAAAUGUCGGUUGACAUGGAUAAGGACGGAGGUGGCUAACUAGGAACUGCGAGGCACUGCAAAAGGUAAGAACACGAGCAACGUUUCUCUACUGGCAUUCGUUUGCCGCAGUCUCACGAAAUUAAACGUGUUUUAUUGCUUCUGUCUACCCUUCUGAAAUUUUCCAUCUUUCUCCUUUAACCCUUUCUCUACGGCGAAGCUGAUUAAAAAGUGUUAUCAUUUGUCUGUUUGGAAGAAGCAAUCGAUGGCAUUGAAAAUUUGAUUGAUUGGUAAAAAGGUGGCCAUAGGGCUAUCACUAUAGUAAGCUUUGAUGCAUAACAAACUAUUACUAUAGCAGCCUUUCGUACAACGCGAUGAUCUCUACGAAUGGACACUAUACGUAGCAAUAGUUUCCACAGACUAUCACUAUAGUAGCCAUUCGUUCAAUGCGAUAUUCUCUACGAAUGGUCACUAAAGUGCUUUUCGUACGUCGAAUUCAUCGAGAAAUUCUACAAAAUACUACUGCAAUGGCUUUUUGUAUCGAAAGGGUUAAACCAGGGAAAAAUAUCCUGUUCGCGAAAUACUAUUAACGUACCUGGCGUUAUCUAUAACGAAAGGAUCUUGUACAAUUUAUCGGGGCUUCCCGUCGCAUCGGGUACAUGGUUUUUAAAUACGGUGCAGCAACGUAGCGUCGAAAGGACGAACGAUCGUCGCGCGUAAAAAGAACUUCCGUCACGCUGACAGCUUCAACGAGCAUAGUGUCCUAUUGGAUCAAUAAUGUAUGUAGAUUAUCAAAAAACAUCACAGUCGGGUUACUAGAUUUUAGAGAAGCGUCUGCUGAAUUCGUACUCGGUUAUACUUCCACUGAACCUUGCUUCUCUUCAAGUUCGACGAAAGUAUAGUCGUUAUUCGAUUACUUUCAGUCCUUCUUUAACACGCGACUGAAUCGUUCGACGCGAUUUUCCUCUGCAACUGAAUAGAUAUUUUUCAUAUUCACUUUUUCUCCUUCAUGGAACGACUUGAAGCGGUUCUUUCCGUAGGCGCCUCCGAGCGAACCAUAAACACAGAGUGUUUCGAAGUUGAACAAUCAAAUUUCACCGUUGUAUUUGAUUAAAAAUUUGAAAAAAAAGAGAAGAGUUCCAUAAUAUUUCGAAUUAUUUGAAAUUCUUCCUUUGUUGAACCUAUAUUUAUACCCUCGAAGUUUGAUCGUUCAAUUUUCGAACAGCCUGUAUAUCAUCAAGAAAAUAAAAAAAAAAAAAAAAACUCUAAAGGAA